UGAAGAGCAGCAAAGCAGCAGAAACAUUCGAGUAUUCCAGCCGCAAACAUGAACAGUGAUGAGGUUCAAAUAAUCAAGAAGACAUGGGAGAUUCCCGUGGCGACACCAACAGACUCUGGGGCUGCUAUACUCGCAUUGUUUUUCAAUCGCUAUCCGUCCAACUUGGAGAAAUUUCCAUUCCGUGAUGUGCCACCGGCCGAAUUAAGCACUAAUUCACGCUUUAGGGCGCAUGCCGGACGCAUCAUUCGCGUUUUCGAUGAGUCCAUUCAGGUGCUUGGACAGGAUGGUGACCUGGAGAAGCUGGAUGAGAUAUGGACUAAGAUUGCUACCAGCCACAUACCACGCAAAAUCUCCAAAGAGUCUUAUAACCAACUGAAAGAGGUAAUUCUGGAAGUGCUUACGGCUGCAUGCAGUCUUAGUGAGAGUCAAGCACAAGCGUGGGCUAAACUGGUGGAUCAUGUCUACGAUAUCAUCUUCAAGGCCAUUAAUGAUGAUGGAGAUGCCAUCUGAAGUGACGCCAUCUGAGAUGGGGACUGGGGUGACAGAAAAUAGCUCAUAAUGCAAGACACGGCUUACGUAGUUUUAAGUAAACAAUUAAUAAUAAAUGUUAGCUAUUUUCAUUUUGUAUUUGUGAGUAAAAGUCCACACGCAAUGAUACAAACACAAAUACAUGAAAUCUCACAUACACUCAAUACACUAACACAGUUGCACAUUGCUCUGUAAAGCUUUAACCCAUUGUCAGCCUUAAGCAAUAAAUAAUAAAAAAUAAAAUAAAAAACUCGCUUAUAACCGUAUAAAAAA